AGCUCAUCUGAGGAAUGGAAGAAAGAAAAACCAAGAGGAGGAGUCCCAAAACAUCCACCACUCAUGUCACUCAGUUGGUCAGCAGUAAGAAAAGUUCUUUGCCUCCUAGUAAAAGUACUGCCUUUUCAAACCCUGCACCACAGCCACCUUUGCAGAAACCAAAGCUGAAAAGAGGCAUAAAAGAGAGAGCUAAACCACUUGGAGCAGAAUGCAAAGGCGCACAGUCGGCUCCAAUCCAGCACUCAUUUCUUACAGAUGUAUCAGAUGUUCAAGAGAUGGAGAAAGGGCUUCUGAAUCUUCUGAAUGACUUCCACUCUGGAAAACUUCAAGCAUUUGGAAAUGAAUGUUCCAUUGAGCAAAUGGAGCAUGUGCGAGGGAUGCAGGAGAAGCUGGCACGUUUGAAUCUGGAACUUUAUGGAGAGUUGGAAGAACUCCCUGAAGACAAGAGAAAAGUAGCUAGUGAUUCCAACCUGGAUAGAUUGCUGUCAGAUCUGGAAGAACUGAAUUCUUCUAUACAAAAACUUCAUUUAGCAGAUGCUCAAGAAGUUCCAAAUACCAGCACAAGCUAAAACCAGUUUCUGGGUGUCACCUUCAUUUGCAGUGCACUCUUCCUCUGUCUCCUGCAGCCAGUGCAACUGAAUCUGUGCAUACAUUCCUCUUGGCAGAUGUGAAUGCUGCAACUGUGCCAGGGUUGGAGUAUAGAGUACUAAAUGGCCAUGUCUUGCUGCUAUGCUUUGUAUUACUGCCUUAUCCGACACAGAAUGUUGAGAAUACUUGAAAGUACAUUUGUAUGCUCAUUGUUCAAAUCAGCUGGAAUUUCAUAUAAAAUUUAAGUUC